UUUCCCUUCAUUCUCUUUUGCUCUUGUGCUUUUAAACCCAAAGCGGCCGCCGUAGGCGAAGGUGAAGAUGGCUGCCUCUGCCUUUGCUGGUGCGGUGAGAGCAGCUUCAGGAAUCCUACGGCCCCUGAAUAUUUUGGCAUCUUCAACCUACCGCAACUGUGUCAAGAAUGCCUCUCUUAUUUCUGCAUUGUCCACUGGACGUUUUAGUCAUAUUCAGACACCAGUUGUUUCCUCCACUCCCAGACUUACCACAUCUGAGAGAAACCUGACAUGUGGGCAUACCUCAGCGAUCCUUAAUAGAGUGGCCCCCGUGCUUCCAAGUGUCCUGAAGCUGCCAGUCAGAUCUCUAACAUACUUCAGUGCAAGAAAAGGCAAGAGAAAGACCGUGAAAGCUGUCAUCGAUAGGUUUCUUCGACUUCAUUGUGGCCUUUGGGUGAGGAGAAAGGCUGGCUAUAAGAAGAAAUUAUGGAAAAAGACACCUGCAAGGAAGAAGCGAUUGAGGGAAUUUGUAUUCUGCAAUAAAACCCAGAGUAAACUCUUAGAUAAAAUGACGACGUCCUUCUGGAAGAGGCGAAACUGACGGCAAAGCCAACCACUUAGAAGCCUUCCACAUCUUUGUCACCUGCCUGGCUCCUGCUCUCUGAUGUACCUCUGGGUAGUGAGAUGGAAAUGGUGCCUGCAGAAGUUGGGGAGAAGGAUACUUUUGCACAGCCUCCAUGAUGUCUUUAAUGCAAAUAUGGAUGACAAGGGUCUCUGUUACAGGGGCCUCAGAGCACCUUCGUUUCUCCUCUAGACCAGGGACAGGUGUAGAGAUAAGGACUGGCAACCAGAGCCUCAGCAUCCAAAGAUGGACUGAAGUGGGACGGCUGACAGGCACAUAACUUACGGGAAAAGGAAUUUCAUACAUACGACUUUUGUUUUGUGGGUAGGAGGGCUUAUCAUCAACACUGAUUUUAUAAUCUGACAAUAUCUUUCAUUAAAGAGUUUACCUAAAUGAUGUUCGAUUAUAUGUAUAAUUUAUAAAAUAUUUAUGUAUAGUUUGUUUAUUCAGGUAUAUGUAUAAUUUAUUGAACACCUACUAUGUCCCAGCAUAUCUACAAAACUGGGUACAUACAUACUGUCUAACUGCUAAUCCACAUUUCCAGUCAGGACAUAAUGAUUAGUUAAGCCCUAAUUUAGAUUUGAGGAAACUGAAGCUGAGAGAGGGUUAAGUAAAUUACCCAAAGUACAGCUAAUAAGACCCAGAAUCUCAGUCUCACUCCUUGGGAUCCUGUGUAUUUCCCUGAGUCUUCUAACAUAUGAAAAUUCAUAUCUAAAUCAACAAGUGACUGUAAUCUGGUACUAUAAAUACUAAAUAAACACUUCUUCAUAACACUGUACCAAUUCAGCUUUUAAAUUUUAUUACUUUGCUUUCCUGUCCUUUGCCAACUCUUAACCUAGUUAAUCCUAGUUCUGUCGACAUUGGACCAGGCUCAGUAAAUAAACGAAUGGAUUUCCAGCCUUUUUUUCCCAUCUGUUCCUGCUUUUAGUCCUCUGAAUCUGCUUCUUUUCUUACUGCUGCUUUAUUUUACAGUGAUUUUGUCAAACAUAGAAUACAGGACUAAAAAUGCAAAGAAAUUGGGUCUGUGUUUAAUUUUGAUGUUUCAAAUUUUGAGCUUCCAAGUCUUUGUGGCCACCCAAUGAAGUUUGAGUCUGCCUGUUCAGAUGUGAAAGGUAAGGGCUGCAGCAGGUUUAAGGGCAUCCCUUCCACCCACAGUGGCCCUUCACCACCCUGUUGUCACCUGCACAGGCACUCCCCCAUUUGCAGAUGAAGAAAUGUUCAGAGAAGAAAAAUGAUGGACCAAAGGUCUGUUUGCACAAUUGAAACUCUACCAGUGGACUAUUCUAUUUUCACAGCUACCUAGUUUCUGCCGAUGAUUUUUUUAAAUGUGAAAUAAACAGUGAUACUUUCA